AUGCAGGCACAAGGGAUGGGAGUAAAGGAGUAUCAGGAAAGGGAACAGUAGUUAAUGGAAGACAAAAAAAGGAAGAAAGAAGACAAAAGGAAAAGGGAAGCCUCUCAGAAGGUUGCAGAGCAAAAAAACAAAGUGCCAGAAUUGACCAAGCCCUCGUCCACCCAGUCUCCUGCCGCCCCCAGCUCUGCUUCCCCCAGCCCUGGACCCACCCCCUCGGCGUCCCCCUCCCCUGCCACCGCGGCUGCAGGCGUCGCCCCCCCCCAGGGUGGGAACAAUGCGAAGCGGCCGGCGGUGGCCAACGGACAGCCCCCCGCAGCAGGCACCCAGGCCUCCCAGCGCUACAUGCCCCGCGAAGUGCCCCCGCGAUUCCGCUGCCAGCAAGACCACAAAGUGCUACUGAAGAGGGGCCAGCCGCCGCUGUCCUCCAUGCUACUGGGGGGAGGCACCGGGCCAGGGGGAGGAGGGGGAGACUGCCCCAAUGCAACCAUGGCUGCUGCCUCAGAUUCUAGUCCAGGCUAUGUGGGUCCAGCUGCACCCUCACUGCCCCUCACCUCAUCCUCCUCAUCAAUCGCUGCUUCUUCUACUACUUCUUCCAAUUAUGCAAAUUCCACGUGGGGGGUUGGCUCUGGCAGCCUACCCUCCUCUCAGGGCAGGGAGAAGGUCAUCGUGGACGGCUCAGACCUGGAGGAAUGGCCUAGCAUUGCCGUUGGCGACGGGAAUGGAGCAGGAGGAGGUGAAGCUUCGGGGACAGGAAGUGGUAGUGCUUCGUCGGGUGAGGGCGGUGGUGGAGUGCCGAACAGCAGUGCCUCGCAGAAAGGUGGCGAUCCUGGCAGUCCCCCAUCACCCACUUCCUCGUUCUCAAUGCCCAAUGAAUGUAUGCUGUCCGUCAGUGUGGUGUGGGGAUCUGCUGCCUCACAGGGUCCUCCAGGGGCAUCAGUGCCCUCCAUUUCCAAAGCCUCCCCUCUGCCAAUGGGCCCUGAUGGAUCCCUUGGUGGCAGUGGGGUGAUCCCUGGUGCCAACUUCAACCCAAAUGCCAACCCUUCCGCCUGGCCUGCUCUGGUGCAGCAGGAUGGGGCUGGGGUAGCUUCCUCUGAGGGUGGCCCCUCCCCUUCCCUUCUCCAGAGCCUGGCUGGGUCUCUGUCUGGCCUGGGGAACCCACCUCUAGCUGUGAAUCAAUCCGCUCAUCAGCACCAACUUCACCAAAUGCAAUCCAGAGACAGAGAGCACACGUCGGAUGGGGGUUGGGGUGGAGCGGUACUGGAGACUGGAGCAGGACCAAAAAACGAGGGGACAGGGGUGGGAGCCGAUACAGACUGUGGGGGAGGAGGCAAUGGUGGAGAGAACCUCGCUGCCUCCCAAACCUCAUCCUCCUCUUGGGGAGGCCAGCCUUUCCCUGCUGCUAACUCCAAAACGGGUGCCUCAAGGACUGAUGGUUGGGAAGGGGGAGCUGCUGAGGGUGGUGGAGGCUCGGGGUGGAAGUACAGCGCUCAGGGGGGUAAUGGAGGGAAAUCCUGGGGUGCUGGAAGUGGGGGUAGCACUCAAACCCCCGGGGUAUCUCAGGGAGGGGGUGCAGGAGGAGAGCGAGGUUCUUCAGUUGGAGACUGGGGAGGUAAUUCAGGUGGGAUGGGUGGAAAUCCAGGAGGGGAGGCUGGUGGUGUCGGAGGCCGCAGCAGUAGCAGCAGCAGUAGUGGGGGCAGCAACCCCCCUGCCGCCUCUUCCUCUCUGACAACAUCCACCACUACGACAAGAGCUUGGGACAAUCAGAAGGGGGACGGAGUGGCAGGGGGGGACACAGGGGAGUGGGGGGGUGGCAAGGGUGGUAGAGGAGGUAAUUCAUCCAGCGGUGGGGGAAACUCCAGAGGCAGCGGCAAUCAGCACCACGGGUACGGUCACCACCGGUAUUCCCACCCCCCACCGCCCAACCCUGACGUGGCCUUACAGGCAAUGCUCAGCCGCAGUGACCUGGACCCACGCGUCCUCUCCAACACAGGCUGGGGCCAGACCCAGAUCAGACAGAACGUGGCCUGGGACCUAGAACCAGGAAAAGGAGGGUCUGGGUCGUCUGCUUCAUCCCAAAACGCUUCACCUCCCAUGGGUCCAUCUUCUCAAUACUCCACUGGCUCUGCUACAACUACUGAUCCAAUGGCUCCUACCCCUCUCCCUGGCUCAGCUCCCAACCUGAACUCCAACCCUUCCCUGGGGACCCAUGGUGGCUCCGGGGAGGGCUGGGAGGUUGGUAACAACGGCAGCAGUAGUGGCAGCAACUCCAUGCCCAACCAAGGGCCACCUCCCCUAGGCUCCAACAUGAGAAACCCUCCUGGCGUCACUCAAUCUGGGUCAAUGACCACUGGAGCAGGUAUAGGUGGCGGCCUUGGACCAGGCCAGGGGAAGCCUACAGGAGGCUGGGGUGGGGUUGGACCAGGGGAGAGUCAAGGAAAAGGAUGGGGGAACGAAGGGUCUGAGUGGGGUUGUGGGAGGGAACGCAGUAGAGGUUGUGGUGGAGGAGGUUGGGGAGAUAAUGGACAACAGGGUAACCAAGGUGGAGGAGGAGUUGGUGGCUGGGGAGGCGGCCAGGAGGAGAAGGGGACAGGAGGAGGAUGGAAAGGGACAGGGGUGGGGGAGACUGGGGGGAGAGAGAACCUAAAUCUAGUGGUGGAGGAUGGGGAGAGGAUAGGAAAGGUGGGGGAGACUCAGAAGUUGGUACGUGGGGUAGCUGGGACGAGGGAGCCCCGAGGAGAUCCUGGGGGGCAGGAGGUACGGGUGGGGGGGGCGGAGGAGGGGUGGGGGGACAUGGGAUGCACCAAACCCCACCAGGGGCGUUGGGGUGGAGGUGGGAAGAUGCACCCGUCACCGAUGCCAAACAGCCAGACGGCUUCUGUGAAAGGCGCCAUGGCACCGCAGCAACAUUCGCAGCCCCCACCGCAACAAACGCUGGAACCGGGAGGAGGAGGAGGGGGCUGGGUGAGACAACCGGGUGCCCAGCACCAGAACCAAAGCAGUUCGGGCUGGAUUGCCGGACCCAUCCCCAGUGGCCCUGGGGGAGGGGAAGGACCAGAGUCCAGCGGGUGGGAGGAACCUUCACCGCAAUUCAUUAGCCGGAAGAUGGACAUUGACGAUGGGACAUCGGCUUGGGGAGACCCCAGCCAGUUUAAUAAGAAGACUGUCAACCUGUGGGAGAAGAAUGGCUCUCCUGCUGGUCAUCAGCCGGAAAUGCAGGGCCAGGGAGCAGGACCACCGACCCAACAGCAGCAGGGGCUACCAGCUCUACAGCAGCCUGGACCUGGGAGGCAGCCCACUGGGAUGGGAGGCAGGGACAUCAACCCUGGGCCUGGAAGGCAGCCAACUGGGAUGGGAGGCAGGGACAUCAACCCUGGGCCUGGGAGGCAGCCCAUUGGGAUGGGAGGCAGGGACAUCAACCCUGGGAAAGCUCCAGGGAUGGCUCCAUCGUCCGGCUGGGACGGUGGCUCUCCCUCGGACCCCCCGGUGGACAACGGCACUGCAGCCUGGGGGAAACCUACUGAGACCCCCACCGGCUGGGAAGAACCUGGGAAGACCACCUCUGGCUGGGGAAACCCCUCACCCAACCCCAUCAAAUCUGCAGGUUCAAAGUCUAUGCAAGAAGGAAGCUGGGGUGAGGGCGACCAGGGCUCUGUGACGGCCUCUCGUCACUCCAGCUGGGAGGAAGAGGAGGAGGGAGGUGGAGGGGUGUGGAGCAGCGCUGGAUCCCAGGGUAGCAGCUCUUCCUACAACAGUGGGGGCUGGGGCCAAGGUCACGGGGGCAAGAAGCCCAACAAGGCUCCACUGAAGAGUGGAGGAGGAGACUCCUGGAUGAACCCCAUGAAUAAACAGUUCUCCAACAUGGGGCUCCUGGGUGAUGAUCCUAGUGGGCGACCUCUGGACCUGGCCCCUGGUCCUUCUCAGGAUAAGAAAAUGGAGGGAGAGAAGCGAGGGAUGGGCCUGAAUGACUACAAUGGAGAGAUGCGUAAAGGAGGGCAGAGAGGAGUGGGAGGAGGAGGCAUGGUCUACCGUUCACCUGGUUCCAAAGAGAUUGGGCCUGGCGACCCUGGGCCUUGUUAUGACAAGCAGCCCUUGCCGUUCACCAAUCAGGAUGGGUGCCUUGGGGAGGAGUACUCUCCACCCACUGUCUACAAACCCUCCCCUCUCUACAGCCACACUAUCCCCCCUAGACAAGGUGGUCAUAACAUGUUUGGCGGCUGCGGUGGUGGGAUGCCCCAGUCCAGACACCAGCCCGGUGUGCCACCCAUCAACACGUCCGCUGGGAUACGAGCGCAAGUGCCUCAUCAGUACCUGUCGCCUCAGGUGCCAGGUUCCAUGCUGAAGCAGGUGGCACCUCCCAGUGGCGGCGUGGGUGCAGUCGGGGGUGUUAGUGGGGUGGCGGGUGUAGGAGGGGGUGUGUUCCCCCCUCAGCUGUCCCCCCAGCACAUCGCCAUGUUGAGCGGCAUCUACCCCCCCCAUAUUCAGUUCCAGCUGGCCUGCCAGCUCCUCCUCCAGCAGCAGCAGAACCCCCAGCAGCUCACCUCACCACAGCAGCUACAACAGCUCCUACAGAAUCAGAGAAAGUUCCCCCAGAACCUACGCCAGCAGGCCGACCCCCAACAGCUGGCCAGGAUCGUGGCUGUUCUCCAGCAGCAGAGGCAGCAGCAGGGUGUCGGAGGGGGCUCCAAACUAUCACCCUCUGACCUGGGAGGAGGAGGCCCCAAACUGCCUAUGACUGACUCCCUGCCCCAUCCAGGCAUGGGUGGCUCUGUGGACCUGCACCAGAAAACACAGGGCUACUCUGGCUAUGGUGGAGGAGUGAACCUGUCUGGUCUGGACAUGGGGGGCUCGGUGAUGGGAGGCCCAGGGGGGAUGAAGGACAUGGGGGGGCAGCAGUCCCGCUUCAAAUGGAUGAUGGAGGGUCACUCUCCUGCCCCCUCCCCUCCUGAGAGCCUCAACAAAAACGGUCCUAUGUCCACCCCUAUGAGAAGGGGGGGCUCUCCAUACUCCCAGUAUGACAUGAUGGGAGGGGAGGGGCUAGGCAUGCCCCUCCAGAGGGACAACUGGCACCGUACUCCUGGGAACAAGAUGGGCUCCAAGCCCCAGGGCACGUCCAGCUGGCCUCCUGAGUUCCAGCCCGGCGUGCCCUGGAAGGGGAUCCAGAGCAUCGACCCCGAGUCUGACCCCUACAUGACCCCAGGGAGUAUGAUGGGAAUCCCUGGGCCAUCCAGCCUCAAUGACACCGAGCACCAGUUGCUAAGAGACAACACAGAAGCCAACCCCUCCCUGAACACCUUGCUGCCUUCACCUGGUGCCUGGCCCUACAGUGCCUCAGACAGCCCCCUCAACAACGCACACAACUCAGCAAAGUACACGGAGUACAAGACCAGCUGGCCCCCUGAGCCCAUUGGACACAACAAGAUGUGGAAGACCAAUCGCAACCAACAGUCCCAGCAGCUGCCACGCCCACCCCCGGGACUCACCAAUCAGAAGCAGGCCUCGCCGUCCCGUGGCCCGUGGCAGGCCCGUGGCUGGGGCAGCUCGAGCGGGAGCCAGGAAACCAGAUAUGGACCUGGCUCUGUUUGGAGUGAUGGGGGGACCUCCAGAGGAAGCUGCUGGCUGGUGCUCUGCAAUCUCACUCCACAGAUCGACGGCUCCACCCUCCGUACCAUCUGUAUGCAGCAUGGCCCCCUGCUGACCUUUCACCUUGGCCUGACCCAGGGCAGCGCUCUGAUUCGCUACAGCACCCCACAGGAAGCUGCGAAGGCCCAGAGUGCACUACACAUGUGUGUCCUGGGCAAUACCACCAUCUUGGCCAAGUUUGUGAGCGAGGAAGAGGUUGCUCGCUAUUUUGCACAUUCCCAGGCGGGAGGGGCCAGCGGAAGCCAGGGGGGGCCCACAGGGACCGGUGCAGUGGGGGCCAAUAGCAGUGGAGAGAGGGAACGAGACAGAACCAGAGGAGGAGGAGAGAGCUCUGCCCCUGGAGGAGGCGGCAGCUCAGGGCCCGUCAGCUCUGGCUGGCAGAGUUUGGACAGUACAGGAGGCUGCCUGGAUACUACCCCUGCCCAGGGGCCCGGCCUGAGCAUGUUUGCCCAGUGGAGCAGCAACGGUGCUGGGGUGGCUGGGGGUGUGGAGCUCAGCAGACAGGGUUUGUGGGGAGGGAUGGGGGGUGGUGGGUACCCCAGCAGUAGUAUGUGGGGGUCCCCUGCCAUAGAGGAUCCACACCAGAUGGGGAGUCCUGCUGCUCUGCUGCCUGGAGACCUGCUAGGAGGAGGGGCUGAUUCCAUCUGAAUGACCACACCUAAUACAUGAAACUACACGUGAAGACAGUAUAAAUGUAUUUAUACUGUGUGUGUACACACCGAAUAAACAUACAAUUACAUAUUUUCUCACACACAUAUACAUACUUAAACACACAUAGAUGAAAUGACACUAGUCACAAACAUGCAGAUCCUCUGAUGUUAACUCUCACACAUUGUGUCAUUAAUAGACCGUGACAUGUCAACACUACUCAACAUACAUAUUUUUCCCUUAAAUGAAGACUUCAACAGCAAGACUAGAACAGACCAAGGUGGAAUCCGUUACUCACUCAUCUGGAUGACGACUCUUCACCCAUUAACCAGAACUCACUGAGUAUCCUGAGAUCCUAUCAUUCAGGCCCUGUAGAGAAACCAACAACAUGACAACACAUGGAGCUGUUCCUAUGUGAUUGUGUAACACCUUAUUACAACACCCCUCUACUACACAAACCUACAGGAUGACUUGUUUUCACAGCACCGGGCCUACAGUCCCUACCUACCUGGCCCAACCCUUUCUGACUCUCUUUCUCACCAGUUACACACUGCUAUGUCACUGCUAUGAUGUCUAAUGUAUCUUGUUGUAUGUUGGUUAAAUUGUGGAAAAAUCCAAGAUGUCCUUUCUCUCUUUUUAGUUUUUACUUCAAAAUGCUGACCUCGUUAUGUUUUCUUACUCAAUCAAGUUGGUUCUUAUAAUGCCAUGCUGAUGAUGACUGAUCACUUGUUACUAGCUGUACAAGGUGCCCUCCUGCCUGCCUGUGGAACUGUGCAUGAGAGGAGUGACGGGAUGAUGGGAGGAGUAUGUGGGUGCGUUUCACAGCUAAGAUGAGGUGACGCAACAACCAAUGUUUGCCUGCCACGUCAUCGACUGACAAAUUCUUAUAACAUGAAGUGGUUAGCUGAUACUAUGCCUGGAUAGGUAUUUUGAGUAAGAACUGUCAGGCAUCAGCAACGUCUAAGCAUAGGAAUGCGCCCUGUGUGUGUCGUUGCCGUGGUGAAUUCCUUUUGACGAUGAGAACAUGAUUAACAAGUGCGUGAUUGUGUGCUGGUGAUGUGUGAUAGAAAAAGUGUGUGUGUCUAAAAUGCUUUUCCCUUUCAGGGAGACAAAUGUGUGUGUGUGACUGCUUACAUCAGGUGUGUGUGUGUGUGUGUGUGUGUGUGGCUCGAAGUUCAACAACAUAGGCACUAAUGCAUAUUUCUCUUAAGUUGUGGUUUUAGCAGCAUUUUGUGGGGGGUCUGAAUUGCAAUAAGCUUUUUUUUUUUCUUUAAAAAAAAAGAAGCAACCAACUGAAGGCAUCCAUGUUAAGAUGCCAAAACCUACCAAACCAAGCAGAGCUGGAGCAGUGUUUUGCAAACACGUUAAAGUUACUAAUUGUAAAAUGUUUUGUGUAUCAAUUUAAAUUAAGGCGGGCUUUAUCACUCCUGUUCAGGUUAUUUUAGUUUCUUUUUGGAUUUUUACAAAGGAGGACAUUUUAAUUUAAGCAAACAAGAACAAGACAAUAAAAGGUUGUAUUAAA